UGGCAUGCAUGGCGGAAGUUGAUAUCCUUGCAUAUUAUUGACAUCCGAGGUACCUUGACAGGUCACGCCACACACCUGCAGCUGCCCAGCCCGGCGUCUGCAGCAGACCUGCGUGGAAAUUUCAAAUUCAGCAUACCUGACUUCUAGCCACUUAUUAGCAAGCACCUUACUUCCAUCUCGGUUUAUAGACUGGAACCGACCAUGUCCCACAAACUGCCAGAGCAGUCGGGUGAACUCAAUCCUGAAGUGCCUCCUCCAGCAUAUUCUACCCAUCCAGAUAACUCGGGACCUUCAGGGCAAGUGCAACGACCAGGUUCUCCUCAAGAACGGAUACCCGGAGCUUACCCCCACCGCAUCUCAUCAUUUUUCGGCGCAAAUACUACACCCUCGUUUACACUACCACCACCACCACAUUUUGGGCCCACUCCUCUGUUACACUCUGACCCUACCCUAGGGCUGCUGCCAUAUUAUGACCCGCGCUCUCCGUACGCCAUUGCAGAAGCGGCGUCGCGCGCACGAUGGCGUUUUAUUUGUGCUUCUAUGUGGGCGAUCGGUAUUGUCAUGUGGUUAGCUGCAGCUGGUGCAUACAGAGGACUGCGAGAUAUAUAGCCGCCUACUGCGAGCUACUGUAUUUUUCCAUAUGAACAAUAUGUACGAAGCUUAUCUUGGGCAACAUGCAUAUGUUUUUUCAUGUACGACUUGCGGUUCUGUCUAUGUUUU